GCUGCUCCGCGCGCCGGGACGGUGCGCGCUCGAGUGGACCCUCAGCGGCUCCGACGUCAGCCUCUUCCUCUGGCGUCGGCGGCCCAGCAGCAGAGAUACGGCCCGGCCCUGAGACGAAAGGGAAAACCCCACGGAAGCACCAUGAGGUUCCCCUGGAGAGCAUUCGGGAGAAAGAUGGACCAUCAUGUUUAGAAGAAGUUGAAAGUUAUCAUCUGCCAGACUGGGGCCCGAAGGCUGGCAGUGGAAAACCCUGUUGGGCUGUGAUCUCUCGCUGAAGAGUUCCACGUGUCUUUUUGCAUCCUGCAACAGGAAGGAAGAGAAGGAGAAGACCAUGUCCAUAGCCCUGAAACAGGUGUUCAACAAGGACAAGACCUUUCGGCCCAAGAGGAAAUUUGAACCUGGCACACAAAGGUUUGAGCUCCACAAACGGGCUCAAGCUUCCCUCAACUCAGGGGUAGACCUGAAGGCGGCAGUGCAGCUGCCCAGCGGGGAGGACCAGAAUGACUGGGUAGCUGUGCACGUGGUGGACUUCUUCAAUCGGAUCAACCUCAUCUACGGCACCAUCUGUGAGUUCUGCACUGAGCGGACCUGCCCAGUGAUGUCAGGGGGGCCCAAAUAUGAGUAUCGGUGGCAGGAUGACCUCAAGUACAAGAAGCCGACUGCGCUGCCAGCUCCCCAGUACAUGAACCUUCUCAUGGAUUGGAUCGAGGUCCAGAUCAACAAUGAGGACAUAUUUCCAACGUGUGUGGGUGUUCCUUUCCCAAAGAACUUCCUUCAAAUCUGCAAGAAGAUCCUGUGCCGCCUGUUUCGGGUCUUUGUCCACGUCUACAUCCACCACUUUGACCGCGUCAUUGUGAUGGGUGCUGAGGCCCACGUCAACACCUGCUACAAACACUUCUAUUACUUCGUCACAGAGAUGAACCUCAUAGAUCGCAAGGAGCUGGAGCCCUUGAAAGAGAUGACGAGCAGGAUGUGCCACUGAUGCCCCCGAUUCCAACGAAGAGGGGCGCCCUUUCCUCACGGAGUCUCCUGGGGACGGGAGGCCGCCUCCCUGGCCUCUGGUGCAGGAGCAGGAGAGUGGGAGACCACCGGUGACUCCUGGGGGCCACUCCCCACCCACUGCGUGUGCGCUUAACCCUCCGAGUGCUGCUAGCCAAGACUUGUGCGCCAGGCUGACCCAACGGGAAGGGCAGACGAGGACUGUCCCCGGACCCUCCUGGCUGGAGAUGUCCCAGGAGGAAGCCCUCCUGUUACCGGUCGCCAAAGCUUUCAGGGCAUUCAGGUUUCGGGACUGAGAGGCUGAUUGGUACUUCUCCCCGCUGUCCUUUCUGUCAUUUGUUUUCUAAGGACCAGUGAAUCUUGGGACUCUGGAUGAAGCACCCACUGGGGUCCUGUGGUUCCGCCUGGCUACACCCCGCACUGCCAGCAUAAUUCCCCCAAGAGGCAGUAGUAUCAGGGACCACUCCCUGGUGU